ACAGAGGGAGGGAAAAUGAAAGUGAAAGUAAAGUGCGCAGUUCAGUUAGUCCAGAAUCCAUUUUGAGAAAACGAGGCAGAGAGGUGAAGACUGAAGACUGAAGACUGUAGACUGAAGACUGAAGCAGGUCAGUGUUCCUGUUUGACCUCUCAGACUGACUUCAGAUCAGAAGAUGAGUGAUUGUGUGGAGGAAGAGGAGGACGGAGCAGAGUCUCUAGUCUUUGGCUGUCUGUCUAUGAAGAGGAACUGGUCUAAAGAUACUCUUCUGACCUUCAGUAAUGAACCUGGACCCUCAGAGUCAAAAGUUCAGUCCAGACGGAGAGCAGAGUCUCCAGCACCCAGCUGUCUGUCUAUGAAGAGUGACGGGUCCAUGUGGAUUCCUAUGAACUUCAGUAAUGAACCUGGACCCUCAGAGUCAAAAGUUCAGUCCAGACCGAGAGCAGAGUCUCCAGUACCCAGCUGUCUGUCUAUGAAGAGUGACGGGUCCAUGUGGAUUCCUAUGAACUUCAGUACUGAACCUGGACCCUCAGAGUCAAAAGAGAAGAAGAGGAGUCCUGCUUCUGUGGAGGAGCUGAUGUCCAGAUCCAGAAAAAGACCUCGACUGCAGACAGCCAGUCAGACCAGCACUGUACAAACAGAUAGAGGUCUGCAGGAGGUUGUAGAUGAACAUAAGAUCAGUCUGAAUAGAGGUCUGCAGGAGGUUGUAGAUGAACAUAAGAUCAGUCUGAAGGAGAGAUGUGAACGUGUGACUGAAGGAACUGAAGGAACUGAUGAAACAGGAAGUGGAACCCUCCUCAACAGGAUCUACACUGAGCUCUACAUCACAGAGGGACAGAGUGAAGAGGUUAAUACCCAACAUGAGGUGAGGCAGCUUGAGACAGCUUCCAAGAAGAAGACCCUCCAUGAUGCUCCAAUCAAGUGCCACGACAUCUUUAAAGCCUUACCUGACCAACAGGGAGACAUCAGAGUCGUUCUGACGAACGGCGUCGCUGGUGUUGGAAAAACCUUCUCAGUGCAGAAGUUCACUCUGGACUGGGCAGAGGGCUUGGAAAACCAAGAUGUCAGUCUGGUGGUUCUGCUUUCGUUCAGGGAGCUGAACUUGAUCAGAGAUGAGCAGUACAGUCUUCUCAUGCUGCUCCGUGUUUUCCAUCCAACAUUACAGAAGGUCACAGCAGAGAAGCUCGCUGACUGUAAAGUUCUGUUUAUCUUUGACGGCCUGGAUGAAAGCAGACUUUCACUGGAUUUCCACAACAACGAGGUUGUGUCUGAUGUCACCCAGAAGUCAUCAGUCAACGUGCUGUUAACAAGCCUCAUCCAGGGGAAUCUGCUUCCCUCAGCUCUCGUCUGGAUAACUUCCCGACCUGCAGCAGCCAAUCAGAUCCCUCCUGCAUGUGUUGACAGGGUAACAGAAGUACGAGGCUUCACUGACGCCCAGAAGGAGGAGUACUUCAGGAGGAGAGUCAGUGAUGAAGAGCUGUCCAGCAGAAUCAUCUCACACAUCAAGACAUCCAGGAGCCUCCACAUCAUGUGUCUAAUCCCAGUCUUCUGCUGGAUCACUGCUACAGUUCUGGACCACAUGUUGACUACAGACCAGAGAGGAGAGCUGCCCAAGACCCUGACUGACCUGUUCUCACACUUCCUGUUGGUUCAGACAAAGAGGAAGAAGCAGAAGUAUGGUGAGGGACAUGAGACGAGUCCACAGGAGCUGACGGAGGCUGACAGGAAAGUUCUUCUGAAGCUGGGGAGGCUGGCGUUUGAACAGCUGGAGAAAGGAAACAUCAUGUUCUACCAAGAAGACCUGGAGCGGUGUGGUCUUGAUGUCACAGAGGCCUCGGUGUACUCAGGAGUUUGUACAGAGAUCUUCAAAAGAGAGUGUGUGAUCUUCCAGAAAACAGUCUACUGCUUUGUUCACCUGAGCGUUCAGGAGUUUCUGGCUGCAGUCUACAUGGUCCACUGUUAUACAGCCAGGAACACAGAAGUACUGAAGGACUUCCUGGGUGAAGACUAUGUUCAUUCAACCCUGGAUGACUUCCUGAUGGGAGCCAUGGACAAAUCCCUUGAAAGUGAAAAUGGCCACCUGGACCUGUUUGUUCGCUUCCUUCAUGGCCUCUCUCUGGAGUCCAACCAGAGACUCUUAGGAGGUCUGCUGGGUCAGACAGACAACAGUCCAGAAAUCAUCCAGAGAAUCAUCAACAACCUGAAGAAGAUGGACAUGUUUCUUAUCUCUCCUGACAGAAGCAUCAACAUCUUCCACUGUCUGACGGAGAUGAACGACCACUCGGUACAUCAGGAGAUCCAAGAGUUCCUGAAGUCAGAGAACAGAUCAGAGAAGAAACUCUCUGCGAUCCACUGCUCUGCUCUGGCCUACAUGCUGCAGAUGUCAGAGGAGGUUCUGGAUGAGUUGGACCUUAACAAGUACAAGACAACAAAGGAGGGACGACAGAGACUGAUUCCAGCUGUGAGGAACUGCAGAAAAGCUGUACUUCCUGAAUGUGGACUCUCAGAUGCUCACUGUGAAGUUGUGGCCUCAGCUCUGAAUUCCAACCCCUCCCAUCUGAGAGAGCUGGACCUGAGUAUCAACGACCUGCAGGAUUCGGGUGUGAAGCUGCUUUCUGCUGGACUUGAGAGUCCAAACUGUAGACUGGAGACUCUGAGAUUGAGUUGGUGCAGGUUGUCAGAGAUCAGCUGUGCUUCUCUGGCCUCAGCUCUGAAGUCCAACCCCUCCCAUCUGAGAGAGCUGGAUCUGAGAGGAAACAAUGACCUGAAGGAUUCAGGAGUGAAGCAGCUGUGUGGUUUUCUGGAGAGUCCACACUGUAGACUGGAGAAUCUGAGAUUGUGGAGCUGCAGUUUAUCAGAGAUCAGCUGUGCUUCUCUGGCCUCAGCUCUGAAGUCCAACCCCUCCCAUCUGAGAGAGCUGGAUCUGAGUAACAACAACCUAAAGGAUUCAGACAUGAAGCUGCUGUCUGAUCUUGUGAAGAGUCCAAACUGUAGACUGGAGACUCUGAGAUUGAGGAGCUGCGGUUUGUCAGAGAUAAGCUGUGCUUCUCUGGCCUCAGCUCUGAAGUCCAACCCCUCCCAUCUGAGAGAGCUGGAGCUGAGUGGAAACAAUAAGCUGAAGGAUUCAGGAGUGAAGCUUCUGUGUGGUUUUCUGGAGAGUCCACACUGUAGACUGGAGACUCUGAGAUGGAAGCCGUGAUCUCUGUCAGAGUGAGUGAUCAGAAGAGUGGAUGUGUUGAGAGGAUCAGCCGUGUCCUGAUGAUCCACAGAGGUUCACCACCUGGACCUGCAUCUUAUUUUGUCUUUUUUUUUUAUUCAUUCAUAUAUUCUGAACCCAACAUGCCUCUGCAGAAUAGUUCAGUUUAUGGCAACAUAACUGUAGAUUAACACAUUUAAAUAGAUCUUUCUGCUUUGCUUUGUGUCGCAGCUCCACUCUGUGGAACGAUGGAGUUUUGUUGUUUAUUUCCACAUAUUUCUAAAUAACAGUGGAAGUUAAUAAAGUUACCCUAUUAAAACCGAGCCCUCAGGAAGAGCGCCGAGCUACGAUGCCAAUUUUCCUAGUGGCCAAACGACAAUACUACAACUUCCGUGUCCGUCACAUGAUGCCAUUGGGCCCAAAAAUACUUUUCCCCACAGACUUACAUUGGGAAAGAGACGUCUGAGACCAGGUUGGUGACCAGCAUGAGGAGGAGGUGCCAGG